UACCUCACACGCUUACACAAGCUUUGGCUACUGCAACACUCGUGUUACUUCACAGACACUCUCCUCUGCUCCACUGAAUCCAACAUCACAAUGGUAACAGCAUAGCACGAGACAAAGCUUCAUUUGGAACAAAAAAUGGUGGUGGAAGAGCACAGCAAUGUCAAUGGGUGGCCACCGAUUGGGGCUCCACUUAACGUCCACAAAGACGAGCAUUGGACCAACUUCGACAGCUCCGUCAAUGCUGUCUCCUUUGGCUUCGUCGCCACCGCCAUUCUCAUCUCCAUGUUCCUCGUAAUGGCCAUUUUUGAGAGGUUUCUCAGACCCACUUCGCCGCCGCUAUCGCCGUCCGGUCGCCGGAGCCCUCCGGACGCCGAGGCCCAGAUCGGUUUCACGGGCAAGCUCGGUCACCCGUCACCCAAAAUGAGUGUAUAUGCCAGUGGGGUUUCAGUUCUGAUGCCUGGAGAUGAGAUUCCUACAUUCAUUGCGCACCAUGCGCCGUGUUGUCCAGAACGGAUGUCAUGGCCUUCUCAUCAGCAUGACACGUUACCUUGUUCCACUUCCAACACCAUUCCUAACAUCAAUGAAGUCUGA